UAUACAUGUCAACAGGUGGACUUACAUACGCAUGUAACAGAAGAUUAACGGUUAACUGACACAUUAACAAGAAUGUCUUCUAGAAAGAAGACUAACCGGCUAACCAUAAAAAUGAUAAUUUUACUGUGCUUCUUGACUGAUGCAGCCACAGCAGAUCUCAGUUCAACUUUAUCUGCCACCAGCACACCUGUUUCUGUCACCUCUGCCACCACAACAGCCACCAGCACAUCUGUUUCUGUCACCACUACCCCCACUACAGGCACCAGCACACCUCUUUCUGUCACCUCUGCCACCACUAAAGCCACCAGCACACCUGUUUCUGUCACCUCUGCCACCACUAAAGCCAGCAGCACACCUGUUUCUGUCACCUCUGCCACCACUAAAGCCAGCAGCACACCUGUUUCUGUCACCUCUGCCACCACUAAAGCCAGCAGCACACCUGUUUCUGUCACCUCUGCCACCACUACAGCCAGCAGCACACCUGUUUCUGUCACCUCU